UUUUUUCAAAUAUUUUUACAAUUUUCUUUCAUUUUUCCCUUUAUUUUUUUCUUCUCCUCAACAUUUUUUAAACCUCAAUGUUUUGGCAGUAAAAAUAUUUUUUCUUUCUUUUUUUUUCUAUACAAUUUUGUGAAUAUUUUGACAAAUGACUUGGAAGCUUUGGAAAGCUUUGGAAAAGAUUUUUUCUGCUUUUCCUUUUAUUUGUUUGGCAAUUUGCCUUUUUCUUUUUUCUCUUUUAAAAUGCCUGAUGGCGUAGAGCCUCCCCUCCAACUAUUAAUUUACUGGAAAGAAGAAGGAAAGAAAGGAUAUACCAACCACUUUUUUUUUCUGAAAAAUUUAGGAGGAAAAUGGAAAAAUAAUAAAAAAAGGUUUUAAAACAAAGGGGAAGAAAAGUAUUUUUGAUAAAGAUGACAUUUUGUCCUAAAAAAAAAUUUUUUAUGCUUUGGGUUUGAUUUUUUGAAGCUUCAACAGAGUAUUGGAUAAAUAAUUUAAGUAUAGUCGUUAGGUUGUAAGUGUGGUUAAGUUGGUUAGGCUCUGGAAUUUUGUGUCCUGUUUUGAUAAUGGUUCGACUCCGUUAGGAGUUCUAUUAAUUUUUCCACCGCGGAAUAGGUGCUCCAAGGCUGUAAAAGCUUUUGUCUACUGGUUGGUAUACUUUAUUUUAUUUUUGUUGAAGCUUGCUUUAAUUGUUGAAAGCUGCUUCAGCUUAUGGUGCUUCAAGUUUUCAGUUGUAAAAGUUGUUUCUACUUUUUCGGAUUUGCUUCAUUUGUUUUUGUUUCAAGUUUUUGUUUCAGAUUUUUCUGUGUUGCUUCAGAUUUUUUGCUUCAAUUUUUUUGCUUCAACUUUUUGUUUGAAAAUUUCUUCCACCAAAUGUCUACUUUUUUUUUUGUUUAA